CGGAACUUAAAGUGACUGCCUGAAAGGCAACAUUGCCUGAGUCGCCAUUGAGAGCGAGCGCAUAUUUGAUAUUGUAGAAAUUAUUCGUUGUGGGUUAACCAGUGUUUACGGUUGAGACGAAGAGAAAAGGACAACACUACAUAACACGGGUUUAGGGCAAAUAUACGUAUUUGACAGGGUUAAACUGUGUGUGUUUGUAAAAGCAUCGUUUCAUAUCCGUGUAUAACACUUUUUUUCCAGGGUUCUUUGUGUGUCGACAAUGGUUUGUUUUUCUCCGUCAGGAUCUCUAAUGGUGAUCGGAUCAUUUUAAAUGAAUGAUAGACGUUUAGUCGUUCUGUUUAAAAGGACAGAAGUCUGGUUCGAGUGAUUAAGGGCGCACGGGAAGAGAUACAGGCAGGAUUUCAACAUUUAGAUAACAAGGAGUUUGGAAAGGAGAUGGGGAAUUGUCUGAAAUCUCCCACUUCGGAUGAUAUCUCCUUGCUCCACGAAUCACAGUCAGACAGGGCCAGUUUCGGUGACGCCAACGAUCCGGAUCAGGAACCGCCACCUCCAUAUCAGGAGCAGAUCCAUGUGCCGGUGUAUCACCCCACUCCCAGUCAGGCCCGUCUGGCGACCCAACUGACUGAAGAGGAGCAGGUGCGGAUCGCUCAAAGGAUCGGUCUCAUUCAGCAUCUUCCUAAGGGUGUCUAUGAUCCUGGCAGUGACGGCACCGAGAAGAAGAUUCGAGAGUGUGUGAUCUGCAUGAUGGACUUUGUGUACGGAGACCCCAUUCGGUUCCUCCCCUGCAUGCACAUCUACCACCUGGACUGCAUAGACGACUGGCUGAUGAGGUCCUUCACGUGUCCCUCCUGUAUGGAGCCUGUAGAUGCUGCCUUGCUCUCGUCCUACGAAACUAACUGACUACUGCCUGCACUGAUCCCCGCCCUACGCACACACACACAGCCCUGGAGUCCUGUCCUCACACAGCCCCUUUGCAUAAAGAGACAACCGUUGCACUCGACUGGGGCGUGGAAAGGCGUGCCUGUGGCAUCUUGGGAAGAAGGAGGACCUGCUAGGCCACAGUGAUAAUUAUUUAACCCCUCCUGCAUUGUCCUGCUGGACAGGGAAAUUUGCAGGAGCCCUUUUGCACCCUGACGACUUCAUCACGAGAUUCCUUUUUGUCUCUUGUAGACAACACCCAGACAAGCCGGUCAUGCGCCAUUCCACCGUAGCAACAUUUACACUGGAAGGAGACGAACCUUCGAGAAACGUACUGGAGGACUUUUAAAAACACAUCUUCAACGUUCAAUCUCUAUUUAUUUCUUUCUUUCUCAGUGUCUGUUUCCAUAAAGGGCUUGUUUGGUUUCUGCCGAAGCUGCAGUGGAGCAAAACAAAUGGCGUUGCACUUACACAUGCAAAGUAAAAAAAAAAGUUUCCUCAUGAUUUUUGCACUUUUGACUCAAAGCCCAAUUGUACACACACACAUGCACAUACCUUGUGCACACAGGAAUCAUCCCAUGCAACUUUUAUUUAACCACAUGCUAUAGCUUUUGAGUUUGUAUGUUUGUUUACUGGUUUUAAACUACUCGAUGAACACUUCAGCUGCCCAGUUUGUGUUGAGAAAUUAUAAUUUCUCUGAAUUGGUUGUAAGCACCAAAUCUGAAUGGAUUUGGGCAAUUAAUUAAGUAUAAAAAUAACAUCUUAUAUAAAACCGGCAUUAUUUAAAAUGUCAAAAUAGUGCUGGCUGAUCUCACCAUGUUGGUCAAGCUGUUUUGUGAAUCAUGCUUUUUUUUUUUUACAUUGUUUUAAAAUCAUCAUUACUGUUAUUGUAGUAACAACUGAAAAAUUGUAUUUACAGACAAAAAACACUGAAGUCAUCAAAAGUCUGAAGGUGGCUAUGAGGUCAGCCUCAUGAUUAAUGCAAUAUAGACCAUGUGACUCACAAAAGUACAUGUAUGAGUUUGUGAAACCGCUUGAUAAUGAAUUUCACCUUCAUUUCUGAUGCACUUGUGUUUUGUUAACUUUAUUGUACAUAGUGCAAUGAUAUAUAUAUAUUUUAGUGACUUUUAUUUGAAUUCUCAGUACCAGAUACUUUAAAAAAAAGUCUUUGUCAUCAUAAGGGACUCAUAAGCCUUAAAAAAAGAAACAUUUGAAUCUUUCAUGGAUUCAGCUAAGCAAAUAGCGAGUGUUUUUCCCUUUUUUUUGUUGUUGUGGGAAAAACUUCUUUCCCAUAGACUUCAAAUACUUGGCAUUAAUUUGCGUUUUUUUUUUUUUUUUUUUUUGUGGAAUACUAGACAACGGGCAGGGGAUGAUCACACCCAAAGCUGGGAUGUGCAUGAAUAGCUGUUUGAUGUUUAUUCAAAAUGAAAGAUGGUGUGUGUUUGGUGAAAUUACGUCCAGCCCUCUCUCGCUCUGUCUAUGACUAUUAAAAAAAAGCACAAGAGAGCAUAAAAAUCAAGUCUCUAUUUUUCUUAACUCUCAUUUUUUUUUUUAUAAAGACAAAGCAAUUAGAGUAAUUAGAAAUGAGAACUGGCUGUGGGUAAUAUACCCUUUAAAUCUGUCCCCUUAAUCAAAACAGAAAAAAGUUCUGGUGGUUAGUGGCUGCUAUUGAAGUGAAGAUUUGUUUUUUUCCUCGUGUUUGAACUCAUGCCUUGUGUGGAGUGAAUGUAAUUGUGUAGUUAAUGAAGGUGGAGGAAAUAUUCUUCAUAGAAAAAUCCAUUGACCUGUUUUUGCACAGUACUUUUAGUUUUAGUUUUUGUCUUCUCUUUUUUUUUUUCCCGGUCUCUCCACACAACGUGGAGCUCCAUUGCCUUAGACCAGACUAGCAGGAGGCUUUUGGCUGGACGUCCUGGGCUGACGGGGGCUCUACACCAGCAUCAGGAGGACGGAGUGAUGAUGAUGAUGAUGAUUGAGCAUUUGGACGUAAUAAACUGCGUCCACAGACACUUUUUGCUCCUGAGAGACGUCAUCAAUGCAAUGCCAUACAUGAAACUGAUUAUCCAUGAUGUGCUGGGAGCACAUGGACAUUAUCUGUGAUCUGUUUGUAUGUGACAAGUGUGUGUAAGGCUGUGAGAGUCUCCCGUUUGUCUGUGAAUAUAUAUAUAUAUAUAUAUAUAUAUACAUAAACAUGUAUAUAUAAAAUUAUGCAUCUUCUAUGUACUACAGGCAAAUAAUAAAUAGAAUUUAUGCUAUGAAA